CUGGUUUAUGUUGGGUUAGUUAUAAUGCUAUUUUUGUCCACUAUUAUAGGGUUUUCCAAACUCGGUCCUGCCACCUGAAAUUUCGGGGAGAUUGCCCGCUAUUUAGUUUUUCUAAAGACACAGAAAACGGAGGCAGUGGGAGAACCUAUUCAAGGCAACCAUGUCUGACAGAAAAGCAGUCAUAAAAAAUGCGGACAUGUCGGAGGAGAUGCAGCAGGACGCAGUGGAGUGCGCCACGCAGGCACUGGAGAAGUACAAUAUCGAGAAAGACAUCGCUGCAUACAUCAAGAAGGAGUUUGACAAGAAGUACAACCCCACCUGGCAUUGCAUCGUAGGGAGGAACUUUGGCAGCUAUGUGACCCAUGAGACCAAGCAUUUCAUCUACUUCUACUUGGGCCAGGUGGCCAUCCUGCUUUUCAAAUCUGGCUAAGCGGCCAGCGGCCCCAGCCCCUUCAACACCAACUGACCAUUAAAUACUGACUCGACAGAAAGGCUAUCACCCUGGUCAAUGGGGACUGCCUUUUUCUGUGCUGCUUUGUUUAAGAAAAAAAAAUACAUGGCCAUGUGAGAUUAAACACUUGUAUUUAUUUUUGUUUUCUACUACAGUAGAUUUGAUGUCACCGGUUUUUAUUUUUAUUAAAGUGAUAUUGUUUGGC